UCUCCGACAACCGAAUCUUGUCUUUUCCUUUAUUCUUGUCAUUUUUUUACAAAAUUCAUCGUCAUUUCAUCGAACCCCUUCUCAGUUCGUCGAGCAGUGAAACAAAUCGGAGAGGCAAAGAAAGUAAGGAAGAGAAAAAAAUUCCAUUCGAUGUUGGCCGAACGAGACACGAUAAUCUCGGACAAUCAUAUGACUCCUCCGCACGUGACUUUAUUUACAGUUGACUGAUACUCGAGAACAUGUAUGGUGCAGUUCCUUGUGACAUGAUAGACCGAAAACGAAACAAAGUUAGCGAGCAAUGCGGUAGUUACAAGCGGUCAUUAGUUUAUGAUGCCUUUGCUUGAUAAGCUGUUCCCUUCGAGGAAGAGUUUCAGAAGUAACGUUCAAACUGUCGUAGCAUCGAAUGUCGGAACGGAAGAAGAUGAUAGAAUCUCUUCCUUAUGCCUUGGAACGGGUCAAGUUCGGAUCUUGUUAUUCCGAGAAUGCGAAUGGCGUGGAAGGAAAUUACUGUUCGAUUCCCUUCCUUUGGAAAAGAAAUGGUGUAAAAAUAAAACGGCUCCGUUUGAUCUGAAAAAUAAUGCCAGUCCGAAGAACAGCGAAUCAGUUAAUUAUUCGAACGGCCGCAAUUUUGAGCGGGAAAAAACAGCCGAGGAUGACGUGAGUUUAUUAAGCGAGAUGGUAUUUGGUACCGUGGCGAUGACCUACAGAGGAUCCUCUUUUAAGAUCCAUUCGAUGAAUUCGCCGCCAUGUAUCAUGUGUACGAAAGUUUUCCCAGCUACAGAACACAAUACUUGCAAACAGAGCGAUAGAGUAUCGGAUGAAGGAUUGGGUCGUUCCGUGAAUUUGGAUUCCAAUUCCAGUCUGCGAACCCUCUUAUCUAGACCAAGUUCCGGCAACUUAUCUGGGUCUGAAUCGAAUCCUGAACCAAGGAAAAAUUCUACUUGUUCUAGUACCGGCAGCGGCUGGGACAUAGAAAUACCGCCACCGACAGGCAGUUCCCAAUCGUUGGAGAGCAAUGGAUCUUCCGGUUUCGGUAGCCUUUCCAGUUUACGUCGAAGAUGGUUGCGAGCGGUUUCCACCUCUUUGGCACGAACUGAUUCCGACGAUGCCUUUGGAGUGCAGUAUUGGAACGAAACUGGAAAUGAAAAUAAAGAAACUCAUGUUAAGCGUCAUAAAACGAGGCUGGGAUUAACUAUGUUAGUGCGAUUAGCCGAGGGCCAUGAAAGGAAGAUAGAAGCUCGUCUUUUGGAGCAUAUGGCUCUGUUGGAAGGAAUGUUGGAUCGUUUGCGAUACUUUUGUAUCGACGUGAACAGUGUUAACGUUCAGAACAAAGGGAUGCAACUUCCUGAACGACUUUAUAGAUCUUCUUAUCAAUUAAUCGUCUCGUUGUUACGUUUGCUCACUAAUGUUAAUACGAAUCGAAACUCGUGCAGUCCUUUACUGUGGCACGAUGUAUUACUUAAUUCAGUGAGAAUAGAGCACAAAAUGAGUACACUGCAUUAUAGUUUGCAACAAAUGUGUCAGUUGCUCGAAGACAUUGACACAAAGUCGACUAACUUUUUUUUAAGUACAGUUGUAACUGCUGUUUUAACAUAUCAUCUUGGUUGGAUAUAUACUACACUGCCUGUUCAAGAUCGACAAUUGAUGGAAAAAUUAGGUACUUGGUACCCCUGUAAUCCUCUAUGGGCUCAGUUAGGUGACUUGUACGGGGCAUUAAGCAACCCCAUUAGAAUAGCGCACACUGUCGUCGCAGGAGAUCCUCAAAAGGUCGAUCUGAUUAAUUCUGUUUUAUCAUUUCUAUCAUAUUUCAUUCGUAGCGGAAUUGUACAGAAGCGGAAAGAAUAUUGCUGCGUUAUCGAAGAAGAUAUCCAAGAAGCCGCGAAUCUUUUAGAACAAGCAAGAAUAAAACGUCCACACUUGUUUAGCUCGAAAGUAACUUGUAAUGACCGAGAAACUUCAACGUCUCGACGUAUACCGCAUACGUCUGUUCGAAAAAAGCUUUCGGUGGAUCAUUCGUUUGAUACAGAAAACGAUAACGCCACGAUGCAGCGCUCUUAUUCUCAAUAUGGCAUAGAAAGAUUAGGAGCAGAAGGAUCGGUUAGCUCUCUUAAACGCAGCACCACGAUGGAAUCGAAUCUUGAUUCGUUCGUGUUAAAACCGUUAAAGUCUGAAAGAGAUACUAAGCUCGCAAUGAAGGAGUUUUCUUGGGACGAGGAUGGAAACGAAAAGGACUCUGUCGACGAGAAAACUUGCACGUCGAGCAAGGUUAAAAUAGUAGUUAGCGAAAUCGCAUCGCAAGAUACUGACAUAACUAAGACUGAUCCGCAAUAUUGUUUUGACUUUCCAUUGCGAAACUUUGAGAAGAAAGUUGAGAAUGACGAUACCGAAGAGGUAUUCACGAAUUCUAAGAUAGAUACCCUUCAAGAAUUCGACGAUACUUGCGUGAACACAUUGAAAUUAUAUUCUACCAGGCCAGGUUUUCACACUGGUCCAGGUAUGGUGAACGAAACGAAAAAUUCUCACGUAUUCUUCAUGCUCGGCGACGAAGAGAAAUCUAUGAAAACGUUAUCACGACCGCGGCUUGGAUAUAAUUGUCAAUGUUUGUUUACCAGAGUACCAAGCACGUCCGCGCAAUUGCCAGAAGGCGUAUUGAGAAAAAUCAUUCAGAGAAAUUUUCCUGAGUCUUCCAAAAGUAUUCAGUCGUCGGCCGGAGUACCAUCAGGAUCUUUCGAAUUUUGUCAAAAGUGUAAUGGCCAAAGUUUUGUACCUUCUCAAAAUUACGACAGCUGCAAACAAGUUCUGGAAACUCCAACUAACGCGACUGAAGUUCUGCGUACCUGCGGUAGCACGGUCGGCGAUGGAAACGUUAGAAUGUCUAGAUCUAACAGUUUAGAAGCAUUAAUGGAAGCUAGUAGCGUUGUUGAAUUACCUAUGCCACGGUCGAGAAAAAUGAAGAAGACUGAUUCGCACCAGGAUACCGGAUUUACGAAGACACUUUUACAAAGUAAAAUAAAAAAUGAAGAGACGAACGGAGUGAAUAACUUUGAAACUUCUUACACGUGGGGAUUAGUGUUACAAGGUUUGCCAAAAAAGAAAAAGAGGAGAAAAAAGAAAGUUAUUAAAGAAGAAAACAAAAAUGAUGUUGAAGUAGAAAAAGAAUGGUGGUAUUGUAUACGGGAAGAAUGCCUUGCAAGUGCACGUUUCCCGACUAUUGAUCAACCAGUUGCCGAAUCACUUUGUAUCUUAGCGGAUUUAGAUACUUGGCACGUUGGGAUUAUAUCUAACAAUAUGCCUUCUCACACUGCACCCUUGCCAGUUGGUAUGUCCAGGCUCGUAUCAAACAUGCUCGAAGGUUUUGUCUACUUAUGGCGGAAAUAUCAUUCAGCUUCACAAUGCAUAGGCAUACUCGAAGCAAAACUGAGAGAAAUGUGGUUAAAAAGUGAAGCACUGGCUGAGGUACUUCUAGCGACAGAAGUAUGCGAUGCUAGUAUUGCAAACUUAACACACGUCCUCGAUCUUGAUGCAGCAGACAUACCACUUCUACUCGCAGUUGCAACUUCCCAUUCACCAGAGAUAGCACAAAGGUUUGGCCUCACACUUACUUAACUGCAUCUCAUUACUCUUAUCACAAUUUCUAUUUAGUGACAAGUAGCUUUUUUUUUUUUUUUUCAUUUGAA